GAACAUUAUUUGUUCAGCUGAACAUGUUUAUUUAAUCUACUGUAUAUUAAAACAUGUACUUAUAAACCAUUUACAUUUUACAAUUAAAGUAUGUGUGUCAGAAUACACAUUGUUAUGUCCUCUGCUCUUCUAUUCAAAAUGAUCUAAGAGCAGCAAUAUCUUUCUUGGAAAAAAAAGGCUUCUAUGUGCAGUACUAAAUGCAAACUUGAAUCAUCUGACCGAGUUCUCUAACUGUUUCAGUCUUGGAAACUUACUUAGUACAUUAAUUUUGUAAUCAGCAUUUCUAGGAUUUAAAAGAUUUAUCAUAAAAUAUCUAUUAUUUCCUUACUGAAAAUGUUGUUAUCGCUGUUAACUAACCGCAGUAUGGACCUGGACAUUUCUAUGUUGUGUUACGUCUCUCUUAAGGUGAGAAGAAAGAUGCCUGUGAGCCAUCAUGAGCAUUGCGACAAGUGUUACAACGUCCACUGCCACGUCUCGGUGCAGAUCUCCGUCUCAUGCCUGGUCGUCAAGUGUCGUCACAACUGUGGCGCCACCUUCCACAUAUGCAAGCAGGAGGAGCACCAGCUCCUCUGUCCCAAUGAGAUGGUCCCCUGCCUCAAUGUCUACUACGGCUGUCCUUUCACCAUGCUCCGCCACAGGCUGGCCAGACACCUGGAGGUAUGUCCUGCCUGCGUGGUCUGCUGCUCUCAGGAGUGGAACCGCUGGCCUGUUUCAGAAACCGAUCUGGCCUUCUACAGAAAUGUUUUGGAAAACCCUCAAAGUGAGGGCAACCUGGAUGUUGCCAUGGCCCUCAGGGACCAAGAGCUGCUGUUUCGCUCCAUCAAAAUGAAGAACAUCUUCCCAGAGUUGAUGGUGGGUGAGUCUGCCCCUCAGAAUUGUUCUGCUGAUGUCGACAGUAAUGCAGAUGAACCAACCUGUUCUUCAGAUUGCGGUGAAUUUAAUGGCUGCACGAGGGUAGAGGGAAAAGAACUGAGCCAAGAGAAGAGGGAUGCUUUGGCAAAGAGCCGAGACGUGGAUGCUAUUCAGAACUGUAGCUCCUGGGAGAAAAUAUUCAACGAGGAGAUGGAGGGAUGCGAGCAAACCGUGAACAACUUGAACGAGAAGAAGGAAAAGGCAAAGGAAGAGCAAGAAUCAUUAAACCGCCGGGGGGAGACGAGAGACUCCCACCGAGAGAACGCUGCUGGCGCUCUGAGAAGGGACGGCACAACUGGCCUUGCUCCGUGGCAAGACGGGGUCCUUCAGAGGUUGAGCCAGCAAGUCAACAUUGCUGAGUACAACAUGUACCUGGCCCACAACGGGGCAAUGUUGAUUGAUUUUGGCCAACUUGCAGCUUGCACCCCGAGAGAAAAGGAUUUUGUUUACGGGAAUCUGGAGCCCAUCGAGGUUCAAACCGUCCGCUCAUUCACUGCUCCGACGAGCUAUCGAGCAAAGCGCAACUACCUGAAGAAAAAGAAGGCCGCGGCCAACGCCAGCGUCGACACCGCAGAUUUGGGUGUUUCAGUCGAGGAUCUGCCGAAGUGCGACGAGGUCAGCGCCACGCUCCUCCACUCCUUGGAAAAGGAACUGAGAGGACAUUUAAUCUCAGAGAGCAUGGCGAGCGACUGCUUUUACGUUGAUAUAGGAACGCAAACAUACAGCUUCGCCUCGGCGCCGUUCAAAACAGAAGCAACGCUGGCUGAUGUCAUCGCCGACAAACCCCGCGGUCUCCACGUGCGGGUGGAAGUUGAGUCUGUCACCAGAAGACACAACAAAACAAGUUCAGCAUUCAGCAACAUGUGUGGCCACUUCUUUCGGAGAGAUGAAUACCGCUCUCAUUUCAGGAAUGUGCACUGUGACAUCCAGGCCUCUCUGAGCGGCUGGUUCCAACAACGCUGCCCCUUGGCGUACCUCGGCUGCGCUUUCACCCAGACGAGGUUUCACCCCGCGGGUCAUCGGGCCACCGUCAGAUUCCGCCCAGAUGUCAACGCUUUCUUCCUUCAUCCAGAAGUCCCUUCAUUCUUCCCUGAAGACGGGGAAAAUCUCAGCCCUCAGAGAAGUGGCGCACAUAAUCUGGAUCCCCUGAGCGGAUUGCCUCUGGAGAUCCUUCAGCACAUCGCUGCUUACCUUGACAGCUCCACAUUAUCUCAGCUGUCCCAAGUCUCCCAUCUGAUGAGAGAGGUGUGUGCCACAUUGUUGCUGGAGAGAGGGAUGGUCUCUCUCAAGUGGAAGAAAAAGACAUAUUCCCAUGGAGGAAGCUCCUGGAAAUGCCGAAAGAAAGUUUGGGAGUUUAGCUCUCUGUUUUCCUCUGUGGACAGAUGGAGCUUCAGCAACGCUCCUUCCAUGUCUGAUCACCUGCAAAGAUGCUCCUUCUACGAGAGAGAGGAACACACAGAGCCGGUGGCGUUAGCCUGCAUGGGAGCGGUCCGAGACAAACAUGAAGAAAUAAAGUGCAAAAGAUAGGCUCGUGGACCCAGUGCUCAGUAGGCGGACCGCAGCGCAACGUUUGGAAUCGCUCAGACGUGAUGUGAAUCCUCAGAGUACUGCCGCUCAGACCGAGCCGAAGCCCUGCAGAUACAAACGGAAAUAGAUUUUGAUGUGAUUUAUUUAACCUUUAUUUUCUUGCAAUGGCUCCUGACGCAAUCACAGUGGGGAAAAUGCUUCAAACUGGGUCUAUUAAUUCAGCGUUAUUAAGAGUUGAUUGGAAUUUAGAUAAUCCCUCCGAGAACACUACAUUCAGGAAUGAGUUGCUCUGGUGUUUAAGAGGGAUCUUCAUAUUCAGUGAAGUGAGAUCAUUGGCUUUUGUUUGGCGUUGUUUGUUCCAUCUUGUUUCAUUCUCGUGGUGAACUGCAUUAUUUGCAUCGAUUCAAAGACUCAAAGGAUGUGGCUGCUGUUGUCGGUUUUCUGCACAUGACCAGACUGCCAUCUACUGGAGAGAAGCUGAAGUACCUCAUCACAAAGGAACAGGACAUGCCAUAUAUUUCAUAUUUGAUCAAGCACAGUAGCAGUAGUAGGAAACCGACAACAUUUUUUCAGUUUAGACUAUUUUAAAGGAGAGUGAGAGAAAUUAUAUAUGUGUGUCACUGUCAUGCACCGUACAAUGAAUACUCCUUGCAAUUGGCUUCAUUCAUUUCACAGUACCAUUGUCAGGAGAAUAAAAAGGAGAUUAUAAAAACUAUAA